AUGGUCACUACAACCAUACGAAUUUGGUUAAGGAGUAACAUAUUAGAGAAAACGCUCGCAAAAUCAAAGGAUGAUGCUUCAAAUGGAUGGAGGGACGCUCACCAUAAACGAAAUUUAACGGAGGAAGAAUUUUGCCACGGAGACGCUAUGGCGGAACUAUUACUGCUGAGGGAAUCCAUAAAAGAGGUACUCAGAAAGCACCACACAACCUUCACGGUUAAAGCAUUAGAGGUGAAAGGUAUCGAACAAAAGAAAAGGAUGCACUUAGAGGAACGACAGAAAGCAAUCGCAAAGGAAAUUGAGAAAUUACAAGCUGCAGGGUUUAUCAAGGAAGUCAAAUACUUAGAGUGGUUGGCUGACGUGGUGCUGGUCACAAAAGCCAAUAGAAAAUUCCACAUGCGUGUAGAUUUCACAGAUCUCAACAAGGCUUACCCCCAAAGACUGUUUUCCAUUCCCCAAUAUCGAUUAACUAGUGGAUGA